AUGGAAAAUCAAAGAAUUUAUAAUAUUAAUUUAGAUUUACUAAAAGAUAAUACAUUAAAUGGGAAAAAUAAUUAUUAUCCAUCAACUUAUUUAAUUGAAGAAUUAAUAAAGAUAUUUCAAAAUACUGAUUUAAUAAUACCAAUCUUUGAAUUUAAACCACCAUUUAUAAUAGAUAAUGAAUUGGAAAAAUUUUAUUUGCAAACAGAAAUCAUUGAAAUUAAUUCAAAAGAAUAUGAAAUAAAAUUCAAUUUUAAAGAUAAUAAAACAAACCAAUGGAAUCAAUUUUCAAAAGGAAAUUUCUUACUAUCAACUAAUAAUAAUUAUAAUUUUAAUGAAAAAGAAGUAGAUUAUAUUGAAAAUUUGAAAUCUAAAAUUUGUAAUUUUACAAAAGUUUCAAAAGAUGAAUUUAUAAAUUUUAUAGAUGAAAAAACUGGAUUAAAAUAUAAUGGAAUUUUUAAUAACAAUAUUAAAGAUUGUUUAAUUGGUGAUAAUUGUUCUUUACUAGUUGUAUCAUUGGAAGGAUGUCAAAACCAAAAUUUAUUUUUUAAUAAACCUUUAUUUAAUAUAUUUUUAAGUGGUAUGUUAAUAUUGGUUGAUAGAAAAUGUAAAUUGAAUUUUAAUAAAAUUGAAGGACUUAAAUAUUAUUCACCAAACAAUCUACCAAAAGAUAAGGAUCAAUUAAUUUCAGAAAUUUAUAUUUAUUCAAAAUUAAUUUCAUCAAAAACAAUUUCCUCAAAUUCAUAUUCAGCAUCUGUAAAAGUUUUAUUACCAGAUGGAACUUUAUUAUUUGAUAUUGAUAGAGUUGAAUAUAAAUCAUUAACAUCUAUUAAACCAAUAUCAAUUGAACCACCAAAUGAUCAUAUGUAUUCAGUUUAUCAACAACCAUUGAAUUCAUUAAUUAAAUCACCAUUAAAAUUUAAAUCAAAAUAUCAAAAUAAAAUCAAUGAUUUAAAUCAUUUUCUAAAUUACCAAGAUGGUUCAACAUCAAAUUACAAUGAUUUCAUUACAAUUCAAAAUCAAAUUAUUUCAAAUAUUGUAAAAGAAGUAAUAAAACCAAUUUUAAAUGAAAAAAUAUUAUUUAGAAUAUUAGAUUUUCAAGGAGAAAUAAAUUCAACAACAAUUAUUUUAGAAAAGAUAAAUUCAUUAUUUGGAAAAUUUCCAAAUUUCCAAAUUGAUAUUGAAUAUACAAUAAACAAUAAAAAUCCACCAAAAAACAGUAUACCAAUUAAAUUUGAUAAAAUUUUUAAAGAAAAUAAUUUAAAUAAUAUAUGUAUAGUUAUAAAAGAUUUUAAUUUAGUUAAAGAUCAAUUUAAAAAUGGAGAAAAUAACAUUGAAUCAUAUUAUGAUUUUAUAAUAAUAUCAAAUUUAAAUUUAAAUGAAAAUAAUUUAAAAUCAUUACUAUUACAAAUAAAUCAAUUAUUAACUCCAAAUGGUCAUUUAUUAUUAAUGGAAUUUAAAUCAAAAAUUUCAUUUAACAAAAAUAAUUUAGAAAAAUUAUUAAUUGAAUGUAAUUAUUGUAAUGAUUUUGUAAUUUUUUUAGAUGAUUCAACACCAUUAUUGUUAAUUCAUACACAAAAACAAAAUAUACAAUUAUUUAAAAAUAUUUCAAUCUCUAAUGAUUCAGAACAAAUAUUAAAUAAUUUAUUAUUUGAAAAUAUAAUAAUAUUUGGUAAUAAUAAUAAUAUUGACUUUAAAUUGAUUUAUAAAAAUAAUGAAAAUUAUAAAUCAAUUUAUCAAAUUUCAAAAAUUAAUGAAAUAAAUGAAAAAUUAAUAACCGAUAAAUCAAUAAUUUAUUUUAUAAAAACAAUUGAUAAACUUUUAAUUGAAAAUUUUAAUGAAAUAACUUUUGAAUAUAUUCAAAUUAAUCAAAUGAUAAUGAAAUUAAAUAGUAAAUGUAAACAUGUUUUAUUAGCAAAAGAUAUAAAAGGUGAAAAUUAUUUAUCAUCAUCAGUAAUAGGUGUUUCAAGAUACUUUGAUCAAAUUCCUCAAUUAGAAUUAUUUACAAUAGAUUUUGACAAUAAUUCAAUUGAUUCAAUUUAUAAUGUUAUUAACGAAUUAAUUAAUUCUAAAAUUAAUUGGUGGCAAAAAGAAUUUACAAUUAAAAAUAAUGAAAUUUAUUUUGAAAUAUUUAAAAAGGAAUCAAAAUUUAUAAAUAAUAUAUUUAAAUCAAAUUCAUAUGAAAAAAAUCAUAAUGAAAUGAUUACAAAAAAAAAUUAUAAAAUUGUAGAAAAAUAUUUAGGUAAUUCAAUUUUAAUUACAGGUCAAUCAGGUUUUGUUUUAGAGAUUUAUAAAUGGAUAAUUAAUUAUUCUGAAAGUGUUAAAAAUAUUAUUAUACUUUCAAAAUCAAAAUUAAAAUGGGAAUUAGAAUUAUUAAUUAAAAAAAAUAAACAUAUUAAUUUCAUUUUUAAAAGUAUUGACGUUGGUAAUACAAAUGCAAUGGAAGAAACAAUAAAUAUAAUUUUAAAAGAAAAUUCAAAUAUAAUUAAUAUUGAUUCAAUAUUUCAUUUCGCCGUUGAAUAUUGUACAACACCAGAUCCUUUAGAAAUUACAAUUAAAAAUUUGGAGAUUUCAAAUUGUGCUAAAACAAUGGGUGCAAUUAAUUUACAUAAUCAAUCAGUUAAAAGAAAUUGGAAAUUAAUUAAUUUCAUAAUGGCAUCAUCGGUUGCAUCUUUAUUUGGUGUAAAUAGUCAAUGUAGUUAUUCAAGUUCAUGUUAUGUAAUAGAUUCAUUGUCAGCAUAUAGAAAAUCAAUUGGAUUACCAUCGAUUUGUACAAAUUAUGGUGUUUUAGGUGAAGCAGGACUAUGUUCAAGAGUUCAAAUGAUACAAGAUUUUACAUUAAAAUUGGGUUAUGAACCAUUACCUGCCAAUAUGGUAUUAGGUGCAUUAGAUUUACAAAUUCAAAACCAAAAUAUAGUCCCACUAGAUUUUAUACUCUCUAAACUUAAUUUUAACUUAUUUAAAAACAGUAAUCAAAGAUUACUUAAAAAAUUUGAUUUUUUAUUUAAUUCAGUAAAUAUAAAAAAAGAAUAA